CCUCGGCUGCUGCAGGCAGGCUGCUCCACACCAGUCUCCUGCAGUAGUCUCGCGCUUAGCGCCGUCGCCCGUCGAAUUCCUCAUCCGUCUCCCGCGCAGUAGCACACAGCGACCAACCGCGACUCCGACGUCGCGUAGCCGUCGUCGAGUCUUCUCUCUUCCUCUCUUUCUCUGUUCUCGAUGCGCUGCUGCUCCUCUUCUCCUCCGCGAGUGUCCAGUGGUCGGUCGUUUUUCUGAGAAGAAUAAAAAGCAGACGUGGAGAGAUCUGGAGGCUCGGUGGCACGCAUAAGCAGUGAGAAGAAGAAGAGACACAGAAGGACGCGAAGAUGAGCAAGACCUGCGCCCGCUGCGAGAAAACGGUCUAUCCGAUCGAGGAGCUCAAGUGCCUCGACAAGAUAUGGCACAAGCAGUGCUUCAAGUGCCAGGGCUGCGGGAUGACCCUCAACAUGCGAACGUACAAAGGUUUCAACAAACAGCCCUACUGCGAGGCGCACAUACCAAAGGCGAAGGCGACGACGAUGGCUGUGACCCCGGAGCUGACGCGCAUCGCCGAAAAUACGAAGAUUCAGAGUAACGUUAAGUACCACGCAGAAUUCGAGAAGGCGAAGGGCAAGUUCACUCAGGUAGCCGAUGAUCCGGAAACUAUGCGCGUCAAGCAGAAUAGCAAAAUCAUCUCCAACGUUGCGUAUCACGGGGAGCUCGAGAAAAAGGCCAUUAUGGAGCAGAAGAGGACUAUGACCGGUGAAAACGGCGAACAGAUCGAGUACGUGGAGUACACAGAUGGUACGAUUGCGCCAGCAGCCAGUGUGAACGCAAACGCUAACGCGAACGUGAACGCGAACGUGAACGCGAACCCACCAGCACCGGUGAUCACACGUUCAGCUGUAUCGCCAGUCCAACGAGCGCCCGGUAGGAUCGCCGACUACGAUCCACUCAGCGAGGCCAGACCCAGCCCAUAUUCGGCCAGGCAAGCCGCCACCACUGUCAUCUACACUAGCGACAAGGGUGCAGUGACGAAUCCGCCAACGAGGAAAAUCGGAUCAGUGGCUGACAUUGACCCCGUGAAUGAGUAUUACGGUUCGCUUACGCCGGCCACGAACAACAAUCACGUUCCGCAGCAUCAGCCGCCACCCCCACCAGCAAACACAGGACGCGUGUACCGAGCGAUGUACGAUUACGAAGCCCAGGAUCACGAUGAGGUGAGCUUCUGCGACGGCGAUCUAAUAAUCAACUGCACGGCCAUCGACGAAGGCUGGAUGACCGGUCUAGUGCAACGCACGGGACGUCACGGCAUGCUGCCUGCGAAUUACGUCGAGCCCGCUCAGAUUUAGGUCGAGAGCUGCUUUAGCCACGGCUCGCAUAAUGUUCGCCAAGCACCCGCCGAGCUCGCGGGCCGAACGAAGCCAAGAGACGUCCAUUACACAGAUGUGAACCAGCGUGUCAAGUAAAAUACUCGAUUUUAUAAUCAACCGAUUCUCUUCACAAUCCGCUUCAUUUUCUCGAGUGCAGUGCCACCGGAUUUUCUAUCGAAUUGGACAUCUGUUGAGUAGUCCUAUGUUCGAUACACUUCGUUGUCCUGGCAGAAAUUCGUUACUUUUGGGCUCCCGCGAAACGCGAAUAACGAAGAAUAAUUUUUUAAAUUUUAAUGGGAGAAUUGUGGAAUAUGGGAGAAAGGCUUUAUGAAAUCUUAAAAUGAGUUUUAAGACCUAGAAGCAGCAUAAGAGCUUUUUGAAUUUGGCAGCAUAAUACUGUGAGUAAUUAACGAACUUUGUUGGCAGAUAAAUCACUGUUCAAGUGAUGUAUUGUUCUCGUUAGAUUAUCCACAUCUUAUUACUGUUUUUCCGUUGUAAUACAGUAUUUACUUGCGUAAAAAAUUUCUAGAGACAUUUUUUUCAGCAGACAGCUCAAAUCUGUGAAUUUCGAUCAAGCUUUGUACUGAUUUUUAACUAGUAGUUGCUGUAGAGCUCGGAGUUUUGCAUACUGUUUAUAUUUUUACUAGAGCUAUAGUAAUCCAGAGUCUAUACUAGCUUUUACAAGCAAGAAACUUUCUAUGCAUUUUAAGAGUCAUCAGGAAUCGAAUGACUAAUAAAGGAAUUCCAUAGUGUCAGGACCAAACACAUUCAGUUUCAUAAAAUUAAUAACAUACAAAAAAUAGGAACCAGUAAAGUUAGAUUUUGUUAUAGAAUGUCACAAUACAUUCCGUUGAACUGCAUUUCACUUAUAUUUUUGGAAAAAUUUACACUGGAAUGCUGUACAAUUAAAGUUUUUAAAAAAUGUAGAAAAAAAUAGUUUCCCUUUUUAAACUUUAGCAGAUCUGCGUGUGUAAUUUUCGAGACCAAUAGCAUAGUAGAGUUAUGCAUAAAAGUUGAACCUGUUGGAGCAUAUUUUUGAAGAUAAAAAGAAUGUAUUACUCAUUAGAUUUUCCAAAUGGUGACUACUACUUCCAUCUAACAUUGUGAUUGCAUAACAAUAAAUUCUGUGUGCCUUAUUCACGAAAACUUCUGAGUUAUUUAGACUUUUAAAUUAAUCUCAGAAGUUUGAUACAAUUAAUAACUGACUAAAUACAAAACGUAUAAAAGUGUCCUUACCUUAUUAAGUAGGUUAUUUAAGAAUUUUGAAAAUAUUUUUAUCAAAGAUGUAUUAUCUUGAUACUAACGUAUGAGAUGUCUUGAAAGUAAUUCACUUUAAGAAAUGAUGCUUGUAAUAUUGUUAACGUGUGAUGGAGAUUAUUGUUAAACUUGCCUUCUUUCUCAGAGUACGAAAAAAAUAUUCUUUGAGAAUGUUGCUAUACAAAUUUUAACUGAAAAGCGCGAUUAACGGACUUUAUUGUCUAGGUUGUAAGUUUUUAUUACAUAAAUAGUGCCUGUGUUUAGCAGUUAACGCAUUGCAUUAAAAUAUAAUCUGCAAAACAUAAUUAGCAGUGUUGAAACUCUCAUUGACUGUCUCAUGAGAAUUUUAUCUAUACAUAUGCUUUGAUAUACAGAUUAAUCGUCACUUGAGGUAAUUCUUUCACAAAUUUUGCAAUUUGCUUCUUUAAUUUUCUAACUUUUUUUAAACAUAAUUAAUAUGUUGGCAUCGUUUUGUAAUCGAACUUUUUACUACAUUGAUUUUUUUCAACUUGAAACGUAUUGAAAGAGAGAGAGAGAGUACUUUCAAGCAUAAAACUUUCCAAUUUAUUUUCUACUUUGUAAAAGGACUACCUUGAGAAGUUGUAAUACUUGUUUAUUGUAUUUUUUUAAAUAAAUGUUCUUUAUGAAAGAAAAAUUCUAAGAAAUAGGAAGAUAUUGCUUUUCUAAUUCUGUUAUCCGUUCUCCAUUUUGUACAUACCCAUGCUUAUACAUAGAUGUACAAAUGCAUGCUCAUGUAUAAGUGUGCAAAUAAUGUAUUAGAAACAUAUGAAAAUGAUUUAAAGAUAAUAAAGAAUGCAGUCUGUUCUAGCUGUAAUGCAAGUUAAGAAUUUGUUUCUUAUCAAUUUAAUAGAAAAUUUUUUAUGAUUACCAGGUAUCAAAUGAGAAAGUUUACAAUUGAAACCAAUUUGAGCAUAUAGAAAUAUAUGUUAGCGUUGUGUUUAGAAAUAUAAUGUUAUAUUAUGAUGUAAAAUCUUGAAUAAUGAAUAUGUAUGUUAUGUA